AUGACAGAAAAUGCUAGUAGAAGUUCAACUGCUUUGUGGAAUAAGAAGCCACCCAAUGUAAAGAAAAAUAAGUUAAGGCCUAAAGAAAAAAACUUAGUGGGACCCUCCUUCCUUAUUAAAUUGUUGCUAGAUCCAUUAGAAAAAAGUGCUACAUUUGACACAAACCCAACUACAAAAACCCAUCACCCCUCCUUCUCCAACACCUCCUCUUGGUUUCACAAUAGAACUCUUUAUCAUAGCUCAAAAACACUUUCUGAAAAGAAUACAUUUCUUUUCCUAAACAUGGCCAGACCACAACAGCGUUACCGAGGCGUCCGACAAAGGCAUUGGGGCUCUUGGGUGUCCGAAAUUCGCCACCCCAUUUUAAAAACAAGAAUUUGGCUUGGAACAUUUGAAACAGCAGAGGAUGCAGCAAGAGCAUAUGAUGAAGCUGCAAGACUAAUGUGUGGUACAAGAGCAAGAACAAAUUUCCCUUACAAUCCAAAUGUGUCUCAAUCAUCAUCUUCCAAGCUUCUCUCAGCAACUUUAACUGCUAAACUUCAUAGAUGCUACAUGGCUUCAUUGCAAAUCACUAGACCAAUUUCUCUGCAACAGCCUCAGAAAGAAUCUUCACAAAGUGUCAUGAAUUCCACAAACAAUGUUCCUUUGAAAAACAGUGAAGAAAUUGACACUACAAUGAGACAUGAAAAUGUGAAUGAAUCAGAAGGAAAUUGGGUUUUCAAGAAAGUUAAAGUUGAAAAUUCUCAGCAAUUUAUUAAGCCUCUUGAAGAAGAUCAUAAUCACAUUGAACAAAUGAUUCAAGAAUUGCUUCAUUAUGGGUCUAUUGAACUUUGCUCUAUUAUUCCAUCACAAGCUCAUUGAUUCAUCAACACUUUUAUUUUUUCCCUUCAAGUCUUUGACUUUUUUUUCUUCACCACAACUAGUAUCCGGCCCACUAGAUCGUUUAAUCUGAUUCGGAAGAUCAGUUCUGGCAUGAAGCGGUUUCAACCCCUUCUCUCAAGUCUUUGACUUUGAGUAGUAUUUCACAUUCUUAUUAUGCUAAUUUUAACUAAUUAAUAUUAUUAAUAUUAAUGCUUUAGGCAUUUAGCUAGUGUCCUUUUUUGGUCCUAGAUAUUUUAUCUAAGUGACCUAUUAUUGGACAAUGUUGUUAUUAUGUACAUCCAAUAUUAUGUUGUCAUAUCUAUGAUAUUAUUAUUAUUAUUUUCCAUGUUUCUCGGCUCUUGCUUCUAAGAUUAUGACUCUUGCAAUUUGCAUUCCUAGUUGUAGA